AGCACGCCGUUUCCAUAACAACGCGAUCAGGAAGAACGGAAUACUGAAGGAAAAGGCGCUUUCGUUCGUAAAUUUUAAAAAGCAUGUUAUUUAAGAUAACCUACAUUAGCUUCUCGCCUUCAUGGCUCGGUGAAAGUUGAAAGACUUUAUCCUCUGACUGUAACAGCCUCGUUUGAUAAAGAUGUCGUUGUCCACGGCCAGAGCCAGUCCAGCGCCAAGCGAGCAAGCAGACGAGACUGACCUGAGAGUCAAAGUUCCAGAUGGGAUCAGGAAGGAGCCUGUCAAACAAACAAGCAUCCCAGCAGAACUGCUGCUCAGCCUCACCUCCACUGUCUCCAAGAACACACAGGGCCACACUGCACAUCACCGAAGCUGUGAAAAUGAUGGAAUCAGACGGCCAGAUGGAGUUUGGCAUUAUCCGCUUGGACGCACCAAAUACAAAUACUUUCUGGAACAGCCAACAUCGCUGACAGAAGCCGGCAGGGAUAUUUCAUUCCUGUGCGAUGCUGUGCUUACACAGAAAAAGAUGACUGCUCUCCCACCACUGCAUGAGAAGAGCUGCAACGGAGACAUAAAGAAAUUGAAUGUCAAACAAAAUGUGAUCCCUGAAGAGUAUCGUAUUGUGAAGAACAAAGGAAUACAAUGCCUCCAGUUGUAUGAAGAUGCAUUCACAGUGCAACUGAAAGAUCAGGAGCAGAAGUUACGAGUCCUCCCAUCACUGAGGCCCAGUGGCAGGCUGGAAGUGAUCCAGCUGAUGCGGAUGAUGGAUGACAUGCUGGAAAAGGCUGGAGUGGAUCAGCAGAACGAAGAGCUGACCGAUCUGUGCCAACUCGAGAACUUGUUGGAACUGGUGAAGACAGAGCAGAACAUCUACAACAUCGUUUUCCAUGAACUGAUUAGGCAGGUGACCGUCGGCUGUGCUGAGAGAGGACAGCUCCUCGCCAAACUCAGGCAGCGGUACCAGUCUCUGCUGGAGCGAAUCCCCCAGUGCCUGAAGAAGUUACAUACUGAGGUGGUGGCGCAGCGGGCUCUGGACCGUCGGCUUAUUGAGCAAAUUUACCACAUCAAGGCAUCCAUCCAGCAGAUAAACAUGGAACUAGCAAAAGUGAGAGACCAUGAUGCUUUUGUUUCCGAUAAGAUGGAGCACGCACAGGAGGAACUUGCCAAAAGCUCCAAAGAAACUCUCAGCUACUCAGAUGUUGUCCAGGGUUACCACCAUCUGUAUGAGCUGCACAGGACUCGUCUGGAGGAGCAGCUGGAACAGUUGACUGAAGACAGAGACCAUUGGAGCAGGUUCACCUUCAACCUCGCCCUCAAAGUGAUUAAAGUGAAGAAGCUCCAGCUUGUCAGUGAGCUGUAUGUCAGUGGGGAAGGCUGGUUCGAGACAGCACAUGACUGCCUCGUCUACAUCACCACAAAGGAUACACAUGAUAUGGAUGUCAUAGUGGAGCUAACCAACAAGUGGAAAAAUCAGCUGACUACCCUCAUGUUGUUUGUGAAGAAGAUUCAGCAUGCUCAGUUUGAACAGAUCUUCUCCUUGAAGGAAGGCCUCAAAAAGUGGCAUCUUCACAUCAGGACACAAAAUCGGAAUAAGGUUCCAGAAUAUGACAUUACAACAAUGGCAGAAAUCCAUGCAGACUUAUGGAGGUGGUCAAAUAAGCUGUCAGUUGUAUGUGAGGAAUGCCAAGAAGGUGAAAGAAAGGCUAUAUUUCAGAGGAGGCUGCAUGAAGUCUACAGUACCAUGGAUAAAUUUGUAAAAAUAAGCUUUCAGACUGUUGAAAGGCACAUUUUCCCUGAUGCUGAGCCUGCUGUGAGCCUUGAGACUAUAAGAGAGCUGGAGAAUGUCCUAACUGAACUUCUCAGACAGUAUAACACCCAAGCCAGUGAUAUCCACCAACUCAUUGCAUCCAUGUUUAACCUGAUGGACCUCUGGGCUUCUGUAACUCAUAGUGCGCUGCAGCUGUUUUCUCCUCAGUCAGCGAUGACCGCCUCUGAUUGGACUAAACUGGAAGAAGCUUUUUCUAAUUGGAGGAACAUAGUUGAAGAUAUAUUGUUGUACUUCCCCUUCGCACAAACGGACAAACAAACGGACCAAAGAAUGGUCAAAAAAGUCCCUGACUUGUACUCAGGGACAGAAAAGGCUUUAGAAGAGGUUCAGGAGCUCGCAAAUCGCCUGUUCAGCUUCACUGAGACUGAGAACAAGAAACUGCUAGAAGAGGUGGUUUGUCUUCAUGAAGGUCAAACAAACUUGAUGAUGGCUCUGUUGCUUCACAUGUUACCUGACCAGAUUGAGGAAGAAGAUAAAGAUCCACAACAUAAAGACAAAAUAAAAAACUCAGCACAAGCUUUAGUUGAGGAUGCAGAAAGGCUUUCUAAGAAAUUGGUCUAUUAUUCCAGAUUUAUUACCAGAUCAUCCAACUUAAUUUUGGAGCAGGCGUUGAUAGUGGACCCUAUUGAUGCACAGAUGGAAAAUAAGACAGAACAGUUUAAAAAGCUGCAGACAGAUGGUAAUAAAUGGUUGGCAAGUUUGAAAAUACUGCUCAAAGAACUUACUGAGAAAUUUGAGAAGAAACUCAUCAUGCAACCCAAAGAAACUUCAAGUAUCCCUCAGCCACCAGAAAGCAUGGAGACUGAGACCAGUGAAGGUCCUUCACAAGAGCCCACGCAACAUGACGAAACUACAGAUGGGACUGAACCAGAACAAACUGAGACCAGUGAAGGUCCUUCACAAGAGCCCACGCAACAUGACGAAACUACAGAUGGGACUGAACCAGAACAAACUGAGACCAGUGAAGGUCCUUCACAAGAGCCCACGCAACAUGACGAAACUACAGAUGGGACUGAACCAGAACAAACUGAGACCAGUGAAGGUCCUUCACAAGAGCCCACGCAACAUGACGAAACUACAGAUGGGACUGAACCAGAACAAACUGAGACCAGUGAAGGUCCUUCACAAGAGCCCACGCAACAUGACGAAACUACAGAUGGGACUGAACCAGAACAAACUGAGACCAGUGAAGGUCCUUCACAAGAGCCCACGCAACAUGACGAAACUACAGAUGGGACUGAACCAGAACAAACUGAGACCAGUGAAGGUCCUUCACAAGAGCCCACGCAACAUGACGAAACUACAGAUGGGACUGAACCAGAACAAACUGAGACCAGUGAAGGUCCUUUACAAGAGCCCACGCAACAUGACGAAACUACAGAUGGGACUGAACCAGAACAAACUGAGAUGAUUGAAGAACCUGAAACAGAACAACAAGAGAGGCCAUCAAUUAAGCUGAUAGACUAUGAUGGAAACAUCAUUCAAAGAUAUCAGGAUGACAGCAUGGUCCAGCUGCCUGGGGGCAAUGAGCUGGUUGUGUGUCCAGUAAUAGAAGAAGCUCAAAAAGCUUUCUCUGAUCUAGCAUCACUAGUGCUGCUGCAGAAAGAACUAAGGGACUCCGAGAAGCUAACAAUAAUUGCUGAGAAGCGAGCUCGGGAAGCUGAGGAGGCUCUGACUGAAGCGCUGAAUAAGAUUAAAGACCUGGAGAGAUUGCUCCAGCGUCAGCCUGCUCCCGAGUCUCCAAGCAAAGAUGAGGAAAAGAUAAUGCCACCUGAUUCCCCACCUAUGGCUGCAGAUCCAACUUCUGAAACAUAACCCACAUCUGAAUCCGAAAAAGAAAGCAACGCCUCAAAGAAAACAUGUUGUGACUCUAUGUUUAUGUUUGAGACUGUCUUAUUCAUUUUUGUUGUAUUUGGCAAAGAAGAAAAAUAUAAUCGGCUACAUUUAACAACCCACGACUUCUCAAAGUGUGAUGCAUAAAUAAAAAACAAACUGAAGAAAACAGAAAAGCAAUGUACAUUUACAGUAUGGAGAGGUUUUCUUUCAUCGCCUUAUGAAAGAAAGGCGAUUCUUUCAUAAGGCGAUGAAAGAAUUCUUGUACACCUCACUCAGGAAGUGAGGUGUACAAGGAUACACCUCACUUCCUGAUACUGUGUGUGCUGUGCAUUUGCUUUCUGUGGCACCUGUCAACCCUUUGUCCCUUCAAUAUCUCUCUUCUUCCGGCUGUAUUAAUAAAUGUCUAUGCAAAUA